UUACAGUUGUUUUUUCCGGUCGGUAGCUCGCUUGAACUCUAUAAGCGGUCGCUUUAAAACUGCUAAGUUUGGCGGGUUUCCCUGCUUUCAUUAGAUUGUCUAGUCACAAUAUAUGGUUAGGUACUUGAUCUGAUUUUUUUUGGCCACAUAACGCUUUCAUGUGCAUGGAGUGGACUUGCUCUGAGGCUCAUUUAAGUCGUCUUGUUUGUCUUAUAUUUUCAGGCUAAAACUGUUACUUGGCUGACCUAAUUUGUUAUGUUCUUACUAACAAAUCUGUUUCCUCUUUGGAUUCGUCUGACAAAUUUGUAUUCCAGACAUUUUAACUGUCCGAAUAUCGUUUUAUAGCCCAUUAUGUUCAACUUCCUCGGCUUUUUGAUUUUCUCUAAUUUCAUCGUUCUGGGUCACUCUUUGUAUUCAGUAGCAUUUGAGUGUGGUAAACCGGCCAUUUAUUUGAACAAUGAGUUUUGGGUGACGGAUUUUACUCAGGAUUGCCUUGAGGAUGAAUUGUCGAUCUUGAAUUAUUGUAAGAAAGUAUACAGCGAAAGAAACAUAACCGCAGUCAUCGCCUCUCCUCCUAUUGACGUGGUACUGUCAGAUUGGUGUGAGUUUGAACAUAGAAAACUUGCAAAGUGUCAAAAAGUCGAUGGUGAACGACAUGAGAUUAGGCCAUUUAUAUGCCUUGAUAAUAUCCCGAUGUCCAAAUUGUUUACUCCUGUUGGUUGUCAGUUAAGCAGCCUUGAUAAUGAUCGGAGUUACGUCUGUGAAAACUACAAGUUCUGGGAGAAUUCCACCCGAGAAGCUUGCCUGAGACGCAACAUGCGAUUUCAGAACUAUCUACCAUUCAAACCUUGUAUCAGAGAAAAGGACUUUGGUUCUAUGUAUUUUGCGGCUGCUAAAGUAGUGUGUUGUGAAAAUCUUGACUCUGAAUUUACAAAAUCUGCUGUCGUUAUGAAACCAUUUACUAACCUUGGAAACAAUACCAGUUCAAUGUCCCAUAAACUCAAUAGCUUGGGUAAUAAAUUAACUUCCACCGAGAAUGAUGCCUGGGAUAGUGACAAAACUGUCACUAAUUAUUUGUCAUCCACGAAACAAAAUUCCUCUGGUUUAUUAAUACCUGAGCGUGAACGUUAUAGUCAAGCUAAAUUAGCAUUGAGUAAUGACUUACACAAACGGGAAAAAGUGCUAGAGCAAGAAUUUUCAAGUGAAGAAUCACUGAUUUCACCUAAGGAUUGGCUGAACGAACCAGUUAAAAGUCAGCUCGAGGAGGACAGUUUAGUUCAAGAGUUUCGGAGUAAAUUUAUUAAAUUGGAAAAUCAGUCGGAACGAAAUCGGGAGACUUUGGAAACAAUUCAUCAUCAGCGAAUUGAAGCUCAAAUGCUUGAACGCAGAAAUGCAAUGCAGAAUGCAUGGGAAAAGGCUAUGAAUAUUAAAAAUCCAAAUAAUUUCACACUGUUUGAAACGCUAAAGCGUUUAUUCCGAGUUGUUGAACAUGACCGCAGUCACUAUGUUAAACGAUUCGAACAUUUACGCAAUAUGGAGCUACCUGAAGCUGCUCAACAAUUAGCAUCUAUUAAGGACAGAUUGGUUGAACUUGAUAUUUUGCUUAAUAAAAGUUUGGAAAAAAUAAAUCUGCAUCCAGAACUAAACUCAUCUUUGUUAACUUAUGCAAAUUAUCUUCGAAAUAACAAAUAUCGCAAAUUGGAAGCUCAGUCAAAAGCUGUUUUAUUCGCCGAUAUUACCUUACCAGAUAUGAUUAAACUGCCUACAUUUCAAGAACAGGCAUCAUUAAAAGCUGAAAAGAUUAUAGCCAAACAUCGUCAUCAUCUAGAACCGUUAUAUUUAGACAAGCUGGCGACCAACAAAUCGAACAAAAGUUGGAUUAAGCCACCUAAGAGACAAAAAAUGUUGACAGAUCAUCUUUUUGGAGGCAAUCAAAAUAAAAACUUUUCUCAUUCUCAUCAAAUGAAAACAACUACAAUUAUUCCAACACUUUACAACUUGGUCGAUAUUGAUGCGAAGUCAUUGCUAAGCACUGUGGAUUAUUCUUCAUCUCUAUCAAUAAAUCAAAAUCAACGUACACCUCAUAUGAAUAGUAGUGAAAUAACAGAAAAUAAAACAACUGUUCAAUUUGGUUCAUAUCAGAAUAUAAGUGUUGCUAUGUUACAUUCUGAUCCAGCAUUUAAUACAUCCAAUUCAUCUACUGUUAUUAAUUUAUCAACUCAAAUACAUGUUCAUAAAACAACUUAUAUUUUAUUAAUUCUUCUAGGAAUAGUUUUAUGCUUUAUUUGUUUAUUUAUUGUUUUACGUCGUUAUUUUGCUUCAAUUCGAUAUAAUCGUAAAGGUUAUACAUUAACUGUUGUAGAAGUUGAUGAAGUAAUAGCACCAAAAGUCAAUUCACCACAAUUUUUACCAGUUAAACAUAAUCGUCUUAGAAAUACUUCAAAAUCAAUAACAAAUCAUCAUCAUCAUAACGAUUUAAUACAUAAUUGGCAAUUGAAUGGUUAUGAAAAUCCUGCAUACAAAUUCAAUUCAAAUAAAACGGAUAGAUUUAAUAAUACAAAUCGUUAUCAUCAUCUUGGAUUAUUUCAUCAAGAUAAUAGUUUUGAUGAUUUCGAAAUUUAAUAAGAAAAAUUUCAAUUCUAUUUGUCUUCAGUCAAUUUACUGAGAACAGAAAGUAUUGGACAUUUUUUAUUGUUGUUUGUUAUUAACCUACUUACUUAUUACAUUUAAUCUGUUUUUAAACUAUCUAAUAUUUAAAAAAAUUAUUGUAUAUGUAUCAUUAGUACUGUUUAUCCAUAUACAUACUAAAUCAUAAUGGCCUUCUUAUAUUAGUGAAUAAUAGAUUUUUCGGUUGUCCUUAUAGUAUCCAUUAGCGUCAUAUCUCUCAUAUUCAUUCGUGUUUAUUGUACACGUAAGGCAUCUAUUCAAGCCAUUUUUUUAAAUAAGUAUAGGCAUACCUACUCAUACAUGCGAACAAUGUAUUUUUUAUUGUUGUUGUUGUUAUGUGCAAUAUUUAAUGGCUUUAUCAUUAUGAUCUUGUUUGUCAAUGCUUUUCUUUUGUUUAAAUUUGCUUAUUUCUUUCGUGUACAUGAACAAGACGGUUAUUUUCUUUCUUUUUUUUUCUUUUAGAGCUUUUAAUCAUUAAUUUAUAGUUAUGCAUUUAUUUCAUUUGUAAUAUAGUUCCGUUUUUUUUAAAGAAAAAAAGUUGCAUAUGUGUUUAUAUUCACUUCUGUGCUUAUGCUUCAUCCUUGCAUAUUAAAAAAAAAUGGAAUUUUUAACUAUGG